CUCAAAUACCCAUUGUACAUAAGAUACUGCGGAAUUCUCGUCAAAAGCGAAGAUUGAUCAUCUGCCUAAACAAUACAGUAUCUCGAAAUACCUUAAAAGUGAAGCGCUGCACGACUUGUAGUCUCGUUGUCCUGUCCUACCUCUCUAUGUCAUUUCUUUCCCGACUAAUCAAGCCGUUCUCCACAAAGAAUUCUCCAGCGACUCCUAUGGCGAUUCCUGCGGGAGCUCAGACGGCUACGGUGGCAGCUGGCUGCUUCUGGGGUGUUGAGCAUAUGUAUCGGCGAGCAUUCGCGAACAAGGGGUUGCUUGAUGCGAGAGUAGGGUACAUCGGAGGUGACACCAAGAACCCUAGCUAUCGGAGCGUGUGCAGUGGGCGCUCAGGACACGCCGAAGCCCUCCAAGUCAUAUACGAUCCCGAGAAAGUCUCGUAUAGACAACUUCUCGAGUUCUUCUACAAGAUGCACGAUCCUACCACGGCGAAUCGACAAGGCCCAGAUGUCGGAUCCCAAUAUAGAAGUGUCAUAUUCUUCCACAAUGAAGAACAGGAGGGAAUUGCAAAGGAUGUCACAGAUAAGGCGAACAAGGAGUGGUGGAAGGGCAAGGUUGCGACCGAGGUGAUUCCAGCGGGAGACUGGUACGACGCUGAGACGUAUCAUCAGCUAUACUUAGACAAGAACCCUGGAGGAUAUGAAUGCCCUUCACAUUUCCUUCGUAAGUUUCCCGCGUUGUCAGAAUAGGCGGAUUUCUUGGAGACGAUUGGAUCUUGGGCAUGACAAAUAGAUACCAUUG